AACGGUGUGAGAGUGACACAAGCCGAUUUCCGAACAUUUGUGAUAAGUAUCUGCAAGGAUGUAAAUAUGGUGGUGCCUCAAGGAUCCUUCAGGAAAUCAUGCAUCAUGGCGCAUACGCCGGUCAAGUCGUCUUUUACGAUCGAAUCUUUGCUGCCUGAAGCUGCCGCGGAAGGUCGAAACGUUGGUCGCGGGACGGGGGAGAGUUGCUGUCUGGAAGAGGAGUUUGGAGAUCAGGAAGCUAGUAGCUGCGAGUCAGAUUUGGACGUGACCGGUACUACUCCACCGUUGGAUUGUUCUACCAGAUCCGAGAAGGUUGCAUCUCAGGGUGAAGGGGAUAAGAAAGCUACAGAAAAACCGCCCUACAGCUACAACGCCCUAAUAAUGAUGGCAAUCAGAAACAGUCCAGAAAAACGGCUCACCCUAAACGGCAUCUACGAAUACAUAAUGAGAAACUUCCCGUACUACAAGGAAAACAAGCAAGGCUGGCAAAACUCCAUAAGGCACAACCUCAGCCUCAACAAGUGCUUCGUCAAAGUACCUCGACACUACGACGAUCCAGGAAAAGGCAACUACUGGAUGCUGGAUCCAUCCGCAGAUGACGUCUUCAUCGGUGGGACCACCGGCAAGCUAAGAAGAAGGUCUUCAGCCAACUCAAGAACACGCUUGGCAGCGUUCAAAAGGACUUUAUCCUUGUAUUCCCCCCUGCAGUCCUGCUACCCUCCGUUCAAUCCAGCUGCGCCAUCACUUCUGGCAGCUCCCCAGGCCAGAUUCAACCCCUAUUUGGUGCAAGCGCCUGCAGGAAUGGGUGUUUUUCCCAGGCCAGAACAGAGCUAUGGUUUCGAUAUGAGCUUGGGUGCUAGGACCUUAUUUCAUCUGACCAAUCCGCUUAUAUUCAGGCGGCCGGAUUCCAUACUCGAUUUGUACAAUAACUUGAGGAUUGGGAUGCCUUUCCAGAAUAGCUUGCAAUUUCCGGUUCCGAGAUUGAUGGGCCCUGGGGGUGUUAGUGUAGUUCCUGCUUCUUCUGAGUCGCCUGAGGGUAAUUCUCAUUCAGAAGGACUCCUCAAACCAGUGACAGUUAUUACGAAGAAUGAUAGUUAGGUGUGGGGACAGUUUCAAAUUCUGUGAUCGAAAUUUAGGAAACGAUUUGUUCAAAGUGUAAAUAUAUAAAUUCAUUAUGAAGCUUUAAGAUGGUUACUGUAUAGAUAGUAGUUCACCAAUAUAUAUUCUAGUGGCGGAUUCAAUGUUUUUUUCAGAUGGUGCAUAUUACCAGAUUCAGAUUAUUAUACUUUAUUUCCAUUAGAAGUAAAAUUUCAAAAAAUAUUGUUCUAAUGAAAAUAUUUUGAAUUUGGUCACUGUUUCAGUAGUAAUAUUUUCUCUGGUAAUGACACAGCAACAGUUUCAUGAGCUAUAUAAACUUAUUAUAUUAAUGAGUAGGUAAAUCAACUUCUUUCCAUAUUUGUUUGAAAACUUUCUUGAAUAUUUCGAUAUUCUUGAGAGAUCAAUAAAACUUUUUUCAGUAUAAAAAUUAUUUAAGAAAAUCUCUGACUUGAACAAUAAACAAUUUCAUGUCUCGCUGUAUGUCGGUUGCAAAUUUAUACUAUCUGAAUUUUUCGAUUGGUUCCUUCAGAUAUUAUUCAGCAGAUGCGUUGCGUUGACUAGGAAAAAUUCGAUAAAGUCAUCUCAAUAUU